UUACAGCCUUUCGUAUCGGAUGACAUGUUUAUGGUGGUAGCUGAUUGGCACGCAUAGCUUUGGACACGGAAAAACACCUGGAACACACCACCAAUCCCUCCCCAUAUCUAUGCUCUCCUCCCUUCUCCACUUCUCCUUUUUUUGUCAUCCACUUCCAUGCUGCCCUCAACAGUGCGCUUUCUCAUCAGGACCAAACCUGCAGAUUCACUUAUGGAGCUGAUGGAAGGGAAGAAGACCUCCUGCAAGAAACUCCUCACCUUCAUGCUCUUCAGCGUUGUAUUCAGCUUCUGUCUCUUUGUUUCUUUUCGUCAGUUCGGGACUCCUGAGCCAGAGCAUAAUAGUUCCCAUCCCUUUGCACAAAUAGCCCCUGCUGAAAAUACCAGCACCCCACCAAAGAGCAAGCAUGAGCUGACCAUAUUGCUGUGGACCUGGCCCUUUGGGCAGCGCUUUAAUUUCAGAAGUUGCUCAGAGCUCUACAGCAUGCCAGACUGUCACUUCACCACCAACCGCAGCUGGUACCACAAGGCCAAUGCUGUGAUUGUGCAUCACAGGGAUGUGUCUAGCAACACAAAGGAACUGGCCCAGGCCACCAGAAUCCCGUCCCAGCGCUGGAUCUGGUUCAACCUGGAGUCGCCCAGUCACUCGGCCAACCUGGGCGCCAUGGACAACCUCUUCAACCUGACCAUGUCCUACCGGAGGGACUCGGACAUCUUCAGCCCCUACGGGAAACUGCAGCUCCUCAGCCAGCCCCAACCCUUCAGCAUCCCACCCAAGGCCAAGCUGGUGGCCUGGGUGGUCAGCAACUGGCAGGCAAAUUCGCACCGAGUCAAGUACUACCAGGAGCUGAAGCGGCACAUUGCCGUGGAUGUCUACGGGCAGCACCACCAGCCCCUGGCCCAGGACCAGCUCCUGUCCACCGUGGCCCGGUACAAGUUCUACUUGGCCUUUGAGAACUCACAGCACGAAGACUACAUCACCGAGAAGGUCUGGAGGAACGCCUUGUCCAGUGGCACCGUCCCCAUCGUCCUCGGGCCACCCCGGGCCAACUAUGAGCGUUUUCUGCCCCCCGACGCCUUCAUCCAUGUUGACGACUUCACUAGCGCCCGGGACCUGGCACGGUACCUCCAGGAGCUGAGUGAGGAUGCUGCGAGAUACCAGCGCUACUUCCAGUGGCGGCAAUGGCUGAAGCCUAUUUCUGUGUCCGGCUGGGCCAUCCACGUCUGCAGAGCCUGUCAGUUCCUGCAGACGAUGGAGGCCCGGUACCAGGUGGUGCCGAAGCUGUCCGAGUGGUUUGUGUAACUGCUGUUUGCUCAGCUCUUGGCUGCAUUUUGAUUUUGUUGGCCUUGGGGUGGGUUGCAGUUUCACAGGAUGAUUGAACUUGGUGAAAAUGGAGGGACAAUAGGAGCUUUGAAAUCAACAGGGACAAGGAAGCAAUUAGGUGUUCAUAUGUCUUUGUCUUACGGGAUAAUAGUCUACCAGACAGAGUAGUACAUUGGGUUUUUUUCUGUUGUUGAUCAAGUUAUGCAGGCUGCAGCCUGCCCUUCAGAGAAAUUCAGUGCAAAAUGCUCUUCUUUUUUUUUUAACCACCAAUCUGCAAACAAUUCUGGAUCACUCCAUACGCUGGAGAGUAGAAACAAAUAGCUGGGAGGGGUAGGUGGAAUAAGAAUAUGUAACAUAAGCCUGCUCCAAGGACUUUGUACUCUGCAAGGCUGUGGCUGGAAGGGUUGGCCGGACCAUGAGACAACCUCCUGCUGCUGGAAGGACCAGUCUCCACCCUUCCUCCUUCACCUCCCAGCCCCGCCAUCCCACUUCUGCCCUCGCUCUGCCUCCAGCCCUCCCCUGACCAUCUUCCGGGUGCUGUGGCAGGGUGCUAAAGAGGCAGGAAACUCUUCACUUUGUUUUGCAAGGCUUUUGGCUGGGUUGGUGAGACACCAUCGAUCCAAGGAAGGGUGUGAGAGCAGCUGACGGGCGCAAGGACAGGGAGGGAAGAGGAAGGAGCAAGCCCCCAUUUUGGAAGCAGUUGGCUUGCACGACUAUGCUGACUUUCCCUCAGCUUCUCCAGUGACUUACUGAACCCUGA